CCGAGGGGAAGAGAAGGGCAGGGGAUCUGUGCCGAGGCACAGAGCGGAGCAGGCAGCCGUGGGCGCCAGGACGAUGCUGCGUCUCUGGCUGCUCCUGACUGGGCUGGUGGGGCCGGCGCAGGGCGCCUGGCCGGAACAUGAAGCUGCCUGGCCAGGGCUCGAGGCUGCCUGUGGCCCAGAAGGCUGCUAUGUUGUCUUCUUCCAGCGCCGCAGCUUCCUGGAGUCCUGGCGGAGCUGCCGGGAGCUUGGUGGAAACCUGGCCACACUCAAGCGCCACGAGGAGGCAGCCCAGGUGGCGGGGCUGCUGCAAGCCACGGGCCCAGGUACAGGGCAGCAGCGGCUCUUCUGGAUUGGACUGCAGCGCCAGCCACGCCAGUGCUUCCCUCAGCGCCCGCUGCGUGGUUUCACCUGGACCACUGGCAAUCAAGACACGUUCUACACCAACUGGGCCCGGGCUGAGCCAGCUGGGGGUGCUGCUUGCUCGGCCUCACGCUGUGUGGUGCUGACCUACGGUCCGGCCACGCAGGAGAAUUUCCAGUGGCUGGAGGGUUCGUGUACCCUGCCUGUGGACGGCUACCUGUGCCAGUUUAGCUUCACUAGCAUGUGCCCCGGGCUGGCCACUGAGGAGACAAGGACUGUGAACUACAGAACGCCCUUUGGGCAGGUCAACGGCCCCUUGAGCCACAUCCCCUUUGGCACAGUGGCAUCUGUGGCCUGUGGCAGCACAGCCCCUAUCUCCGUGCUGUGCAUGCAGAAGGACGAUGGCUCCGUGGGCUGGUCCAAGGAGGAGCCCCUGUGCGGGGAGGAGGACGGGGACUGGUGCGAGGGUGACAACGGGGGCUGCCAGCAGUUGUGUGUGGAUGAGGGGCCCAGCUACUCAUGCGAGUGCCAUGCUGGCCACGCCCUGCUGCCUGACGGGCGCUCCUGUGCUCUAGCUGAUGGCUGCCAGAACCACCCCUGUCAGUCUGAGUGUGUGCCAGGAGAGGACGGAGGAUACCGUUGCUUGUGUCCCGAGGGCUACACGCUGGCCAGCAACGGACACACAUGUGAGGAUGUGGAUGAGUGUGCCACAGGGCCGUGCGAGCAGCUGUGUGACAACUUCCCUGGCAGCUUCCAGUGCCGCUGCCACCUGGGUUAUGAAGCCGAUGAGGCUGGGGACUGCAUUGACCUGGACGAAUGUGGGAGCGCCCCAUGCGAGCACCAGUGCGAGAACACUGAGGGCUCCUACCUGUGCAUGUGCCACCUGGGCUUCAGCCCGGCUGAGGAGGCGCCGCAGAACUGUGUGGACAACGACGAAUGCCAGAUUCCUGGCGUUUGCCAGCAGAUGUGCGUCAACUACGUGGGCGGAUUCGAGUGCUACUGCACCGAGGGCUAUGAGCUGGAGGCUGAUGGCAUCAGCUGUGCCCCCCUGGCAGAGCCCCCUGCACUGGCCACCAGGGAGCAGGCCUUCUACCCGCGCUUCACGGAUGAGCAGGAGUGGGGUGCCGAGGUGCUGCAGGUUUGGGGAACAGAGGACCCUUUCGACCUGAGCCAGGAGCUCUCCAGCUCCACUGCCACCCCCCCUGACCUGCCUCCUGCCGUGCCCCACCCCAGCACUGAUCAUGCAGCCCUUCGUCCCUCCACCACCCCACCAGUGCCCACAGCCAGCCUCCCAAUCCCUCCCACAACCGCCAGCUCCUUAGAACCCACCACUGGUUCCCCAAUCCCCUGCACCAGCCCCCCAAUCCCUCCCACAUCCACUGCACCUCCAGAACCCACCACUGCCCCCCCAGGUCCCCACACCAGCCCCUCUAUCACUCCCAUGACAACUGCCCCCCCAACUCCCAGCACCAGUGCCCCAAGCCCCAGAUCUCCAAGGUCCCCUGUUGCUCCUGCCUCACCCUAUAGCAGGGAGGCAGGGGACCCUGCAGCUGACAGGGCCAGGGCUCCACUGCCCCCUUCAGAGGACCCCAGCACCUCUCUGGGUGGGGAGCGGGCAAGGAGGAAGCGGGACGACCGGUGGCUGCUGGUGGCACUGCUGGUGCCUCUCUGUGUCUUCCUGGUGAUCAUGGUGGCACUGGGCAUCGUGUACUGCACCCGCUGUGGUGCCAGGGCCAAAAGCCGCAGUGUUACACAGUGCUACCGCUGGGUCACCAGUGCGGGGGGCAAGGGGCCCCCCCACUCACCUGCAGGGACCCACCCAGCCACCUGCCGGACCAGCGUCUGAGACUGUGGAGUUCCAGAAUAUAAAGGGACCAGGAUGCUUCUCCACACUCACAGCUGGGAAAUGAGACCCCUGGCUCGGAUGCAAGGACUGGCUGCACCCCCUGAGCUGGGCCCCCGGAACCAUCUCUGAGUCCCUGGCCGGGACAUGGAGGCCAACGCCCUGGCUGGAGCAAGAGCCUUGCAGCCACCCUGACCCUCAGCUGGGACAUGGAUACUUCCAACUGGAAACUGGAGCCACCCCAACACCCUCCUCCAGCUGGAACCCUGGAGCCAUCCCUGAGCCCCCAGCUGGCACAUGAGCCCACCAUUUAUCUCUCAACCCCCCAGCUGGAGCCUGGUCCCCCCCAAACUGUCCUGCCACCAUCAUCUGGUCCCCUGGAAUUGUGCACUGGCUGUCCCCGGUGAUGGAAUCACCCCCACCCCAGAGCUAGGACUAAGACUCCACCUGCAGGGCCCCACAAUCCAGGGCAGAGACAUGGCUCCCCAGCACCCUGGCUGGGAUAUGGCCCUCCUUGUCUCCAGGUCUGGGUCCUUCCUUAUCCUGCUCCUCAGACUUCUGCCAAAAAGACACAGGAGCCAACUUCACUGGGGAUCCCUGGUUAUUGUGGAGAAUCCCUGAUGAGACCCACUGACACCCCCUCCCCUCCAGAAAAGCGAUGAGAAAGUGACAGGGCUGGAGAAAUGCUCCCAGGACUUGACAGACCCCUGGAACUAGGGGCCACAGAGCCAAGGGAAGCAAGGAGCCUGAAGCUAGGAGAAGGAGACAGUAAGGGGACUCAGAAUGGGGCUGUGAGAGGGCUCUGGGAGAGAAUGUGGGGGGCCUCUAGGGGCUUGGAGAGGCCCCAGAUGCUUUUCCAUUGUUAAUACGUGUUGCUCUCACAAUAAAGGGGUUGAGCCGGAUUGCGGCUGGACAGCUUUAGUGGGGUGGGGAGUCACCACUCCUGGGUUCCAGUCCAGACAGUUUUACUUGGGGGAGCGGGUGUCAAAAUCUGACUCCAUGAUGGGAACCUUGGAAUCGGCAUCGCGGGAGAUCCGUGUGGGGUUAUUGGCUACUGAGCCUAACCCCCGGCCAUCCAGGACUUCUGGCUCGUAUCCCAGCUCUGAGAGGCAAAUGGGGUCUGGUGGUUUGGGGGAAGGGGGAAGAGCCAGGAGUCCUGGGUCUUCCUGGGAGCAGACAGGGAUGUUUGUGUCUGCUGUUGCCUGUGUAAUUAGACUGUGAUUAAAGCUCCUGGUGGCAGGAAGCUCCCUGUACCAACUCCCCCCUCUCCUAUGGCCUUUCCCACCAAGCGAGAAAUGGCACCCCAGUGUCUGUGCCCUACUGGGGUGGGCUGGGACUUAGCUCCCCUUAAUGCUUCACUAAAGCCCGGAGCAAAGCCCAUCCCCCCAUUCCCUUGUAAACUGGGAUGUCUUCAGCUCUCACAUGAAGAGGGGGCAGGCCUGGCUCUAGAUGGGAGAUAUUCAGGAGGCUGGGAGAAGAGGCAGGGGCUCACUUCCUGCGCUAAACUACACUACAAUGAGCUGUUGCCCUGUUGCUGCACCCACUCCAGAGUUGGCUGCAUCUGCACUGGACGAGGGAUCCCUACUCCAUGCUCAGCCCCAGAAGUGGCUUCAUCUCAGUGACAGGUGAGGAAUCCCUGGUAUGAACAGCCCCCCCAUGCUCCACCCCAGAGGUGGCUGCAUCUCAGUGACAGGGACGUGAUUUCUCUAUAUACAAUGUGUACAACCCAUUAGUAAAUAUUUUAAACGGA